AGAAUACUUCAAACCAGUCAAACGACAGACAGAUUUCAAUCCAAGUCAAAGCAAAUUCGCCCUCAACACAUCAGACAUGUGACUUGUUCAUGCCAUUAGAUGGUGGUGUGGUGUGAUGGUGCAGGUGUUGAGCUCAAAGCUUUCUCUGAACUCUUCUGAACUCUGUGGAGGAGUCAACAUGAAAAACACAUAAAGGAUCAAAUGAGGCGAUUGUCUUACUGGGACAGCACCAGUUUAGCCUGUGUUACAUGGGUCAGUAUCUUUUCAUUUUACCCUGUUAAGAACAGUCAAACUUACUAUUAGAAUGUAUUUUAAAAGGGUACAGAAUUUGUAUGUGUACGAAUGUGUUGAUUGAAUACCCAUGGUACAUUUGUUGUUUUUCUUACUGAGGUCUGGGUUGUUUGAACCUGUUCUUUUUUAACCCCAGCACACCAACUGCCUUUACUUCCUACUGUUAUUACUAAGCAGUUACUGUUCUAAGAAAGGUGACAUUGCAAAGAGUUAUUAAUGUUACUGAUCACCCUAUGCAAUGCCUUCACUGGAAUGUCCUCACACUUGUAUAGGGUUCAACACUGGGAUAACUACUGAAAAUAUGAACUUUGUAUAGUAUGUGUUGUAGAAAAGUAUUUUGAUAUAAAUUAAUGUGGUUUGUUGUCUAUUUUGCUAUGGACUUUUAUCGGUAGCAGUAUGUGGGAGAUGAAAAAGACCAAAUGUUUGCUUUAAUAUUAUUGUUUGAGAUGCCGUUGUGGACACUGUCCUCUGUUGACCUGCCAGUGGGACCCAGGUGAAAUGUGUUUAGGUAUCAUAUUUGUUGUUUAGACAGUAUACACAGACUGUGUCUGCUCAUCUCACCGUGAUGUAUUUGGUCAUGAGAAUGUUUAUUAUUGUUUGGACUUUUUCUUCAUUUCUUGCUUUUAAACCAUAUUCAUUCCUUAUCACUGUGAUGAGGAAAACGGUGGUGGUGUUGAGAAUGCAGUCAUGCCAACUUUUGGGACUGGGGAUGACAUUCAUGAACUUCAUACUGAGAAAUCAGCUUCACUGCCUAACCCAAAGACUAAAUGCACACUUUCUUUGAAAUGGCUUAGUUUGCCAGGUAGUGUUGCAUGGAAAAUAAAUAUUUUUGGACGCUGUAAAGGAGAGUGGUUUACAAUCAGUGCUUCUGAGGGCCACAAUAAAAUACGUUUUGAAAGCCAUCCACUUAUUGUAACACUGUUGAUGCGUGCUACAUAUUUAAGGAGAAAGAACAAAUGGGUCCUUUGAGCCAUCAUCAUCAUCAUCAUCAGGUAGACAUAACAUAGGCCUACUGAAAACAAGAGAGACUUGUGAAAAUGAGCAAUUUCCCCACAAUGUGAUACUAUACACAUUCUUCCUCUCAAGAAGGCCUAUAGUCUUUUGAAUCAGGAGGCUAAGUAAUGUUUGGCACUGGGUGGAAUUGGAAGGCAUGACGCACGCCUGUUAUUUUGACAGUAACCAGAUGCCUCAGGCCAUGGGGACGCAAGACGCGCAGGGACUUGUUUUUGACGGUACGGUCUCACUUCCCCAGAGGUCGCCUGGCACAAGUCCUUAAACUGAAUAUGUCCUUGUUCAAACCCAAACAAGUCAAACUGAUCUAGGACAUAACAAUUGAAACAAAGCUGUGAUGGAAAGGCUGUUGAAGGUCUAACGUCCUGCGCCCCAUGCAAAAGAAACAAAGUACCCUAUUCAACUUCGCUGUGACAUGUGAUCGGAAGCAUUUUUGUCUGGUUAGUCUCUCACGUGAUUCGGUUCUUCAUUAUUUGAGUUCCUAAAAAUUAAGGAAGUAACGAAAUGUAGAACGAGGUGACAAACUCAACCUGUCUUCAACAGUAGCCCAAUCAGCCAGUUAUCCUUCCGAGAACAGCACGAAGAGUUUGGCGGCAGCGAAGGAACAUGUUUGCAUUUGCCUUGCUACUGAUGCAUGUAUGUCUACCAGCAGAGGGAGAUGCUUCCCAGAUAUCUUGCUACAAUGACAAAGGGGCGCCUGUGGACUGGUUUUACAUCUACAAACUGCCCUUCCACACGUCUCACAUUGAAGGGUUAAAAUAUCUCCUGAUGCAGAAGGGCAGUGAAGGAUGGGUGGACGGUGCAGGGCUGCUGAAUGAUAGCACAGGAGCUCUCGCGCGAACGAUGGGGCCUUUGUAUGAGGAUGAUGAAAUUGGAUACAUUCUCUACAAUGAUCAGGCACCCCACUCAGGAAAAUCUAAGGGGGAAGAUUGUACAGCCAAUGAUGGUGGCCACACAAAAGGUGUUGUGCUCUUCAACAAAGAAGGUGGCCUAUGGCUGGUACACAGCACUCCAAGCUUCCCUCCCUCUAAAAGCAAAGGGCAGUUCUCCUACCCGAGCACUGGGGUCAUCAAUGGACAGAACUUCCUCUGUGUUACCUACCCACUGGAUCGUUUCCAGACCAUUGGGGAGCAGUUGCAGAUCAACCAGCCGCACGUGUAUGACUGCCACGUCCCCGUGGACGUGGCCUCCUCCGUGCCCUCUAUGGUACACCUGUGCAGAGGCAGAGGGGGUGUCAAUGUCAACGUCAGCACUGCCACCGUGGCUGCCUCCCCCUCCACCACAGCCACCAAUCGCAGUGUGACUCUUACCUCCCUGGGCGGGUCAGAGUUCAUCAGCUUUGCCAAAGGAAGGUCGUUCAAGAAUGAUCUGUACCACGCCUGGGUGGCGCCUGCUCUGCAGUCGGACCUGCUGGUGCAGUUCUGGCUGCGGUCCCGCGGCGUUCUGCCGUCCGACUGCUCGCUGGGCUGGAAGGUGCUGAACCUGGCCCAGCUCUCUCCCGCCCAGCGCUUCACCUACAAGGCCACCAAGGACCACUCCAAGUGGGCAGUGAGCCCUGGCCCUGGCCCUGGCCCCAGCCCUAGCAGUGGAGCCAUGGUGGGGGGCAGUAGAGCCGGGGGUACUGGGGGCUGGGUGUGUGUAGGGGACAUCAACCGGGAUGAGGCCGAGGAGCAGAGGGGUGGGGGGACGGUGUGCCACCGGGAGCCCGCCGUGUGGAAGGCCUACAGGACGGCGGCCAUACAGUGCUACUCCUGUGAUGGGCACAUCACGCCGUGUGACGCUGCGCUGAGGGGGACACGGUAGAUGGACAGUGACUGUAUCCACCUUAUAACGUC